AUGGUAGCUGAACCGAACUGGGAGAAAGUCGCUGCGGGGAAGCGCGCAGCCUUGGCGGAAUCCAUUCCGACGUUAUAUCGCAUACCUCAGGACAAAUUGCCGCCAGAGUCCCAACUCGAUGUAACAGUCUGGCCAAAGGAGUCCGGAUGGUUUACGCCAAAGGAGCUGGAGAUUACAGGUAGUACAGCUUCCCAGAUCCUGGAAAAGAUUGCGUCCAAAACAUGGAGCGCAGAAGAUGUAACCGCUGCCUUUUGCAAACGUGCUACGGCAGCCCAUCAACUGACCAACUGCCUGAGUGAUGUAUUCUUCGAUGAGGCAAUUGCACAAGCAAAGUUCCUUGAUGAGCAUCUCCAGCGAACUGGCAAGGUGGUGGGGCCACUCCAUGGCCUGCCUAUUUCUCUCAAAGACAACUUUAAUGUCAAGGGAAAAGACAGCACAGUCGGCUUUACAUCCCUUGUAGGCAAGCCAGCUGAAUACAAUUCGACACUUGUAGAUUUGCUGGGGAAGCUUGGCGCAGUGCGAUACUGUAAGACCAAUGUGCCAACUGCCAUGAUGAUUGCAGAGUCUGUGAACAACACAUUUGGCCGUACAGUCAACCCAUUAAACCGAAAAGUCACAUCUGGAGGAUCCUCUGGUGGAGAAUCAGCCCUUAUUGCAUUCGGAGGCAGUCCUCUAGGCGUUGGAACCGAUAUAGGCGGCAGUUUACGGAUACCAGCAGCAUGCACUGGUAUCUUCACUCUUCGCCCAUCGUUUGGUCGCUUCACGACGCAAAGAUGUACAUCUGGCCUUGCCGGCCAAGAGGCAGUACACAGUGUCAAUGGCCCUAUGGGGAAAACACUCGAGGAUAUCACCAUGUACUCAAAAGCCGUGGUUGAUGCAGAACCUUGGAAAGUAGAUCCCAAAAUGAUACCCAUACCAUGGCGAGUUGUAGAACCUCCUAAGAAACUCAAAAUCGCGGUACUCUGGAACGAUGGUAUCUGUAUGCCCACACCUCCGGUAACCAGAGCACUGAAAGAGACUGCGGAGAAGUUGAAGAAGGCAGGACACGACGUUGUUGAUUGGGAUCCCAAGCUGCAUCAGACCGCACUCGAAAUUCUGGCAAAAUUCUUCGUCGCAGACGGUGCUAAGAGCGUCAGGAAAUUGCUCGAACCGACCGGCGAACCAUUUCGCCCAGAGAUGCAAGCGUAUGCAGAAUCCAAAGAACUAGGAGUUUAUGAAAUGUGGCAGCUACAUUUGGCGAGAAGCGAGCUACAAAGACAAUACUUGGAACAAUGGAAUUCUAUGGAAGGACUCGAUGCCAUCCUAGCGCCCACGACUCCCUACUCCAGCGUACCGCAUGGUGAAUUCAAAUACGUGGGAUAUACUGGCGUAUACAAUGUAGUAGACUACUCGGCGGUAUCAUUUCCUUGUGAAGUCUCGGUCGACAAAACAAAAGACAAACGCUUGAGUGAUCACAAGCCUCAAAGUGAUUUCUGCAAAGCUACCCAGGAUAGCUAUGAUCCUGAGCUGCUGGAUGGAUUCCCUGUGAGCUUACAACUUAUCGCCCAAAGACUUGAGGAAGAGAAGGUGCUUGGUAUGACCGGAGCGAUAUUACAAGCGGUCCAACAAUAG